GCCACCGGCGACGCCUCUCCCCUCUCGAGCUGCAACGACUAAACAUACAUCCGCAACAAACCACUCGCACCUCGUUCAACCCCCUGAAACUAUACCCAGCCAUUGGCAGCCGUUCGCUUCAGUCUUUCGAAUACCCCGUCCCACCGCAACCAUGGGUUACGAGGAGUUCAGCACCGCCAUGACCAGCCGCUCGCUGCGGACCAUCAAGACGGAACUCGAGUUCCUGACCGACUCCGGCCACAUCACCACUGCGCAGUUCAACUCGAUCCUCUCGCAGCUGCCUGCGCAGCCCUACAGCGUCGCCGAGAACGCCAGCGUGCCCAUCCAAUCGCCCUCGGCAAUCAACACGCGCGGCGGCAGCACGACGAACACGACGACGCCAGUCUUCCCUGCCCUGCCCCUGCGCAACCAAACGCCUGUGACGGCGACGCCUCCUCCACCGGCAGCGGCCUCUCCCGCCCCGGCCCCAGCCCCCGCCCCCACGAACGAGAAAGUCGGCUACUACGCGCACGACCCGACGCCGCCGCCGCCCGCGUACGCGUCUACGCCGCCGGCGCCCCCCGUCCUCGCGCACGCUACGGCGCUGUACGCGUACGCGCCCACGGACGCCGGCGACCUGGCGCUCACGGCCGGCGAGCCCGUCCACGUCACCGAGUACAUGAACGCCGAGUGGUGGAAGGGGCGCAGCGUGCGGACGGGCGCCGAGGGCAUCUUCCCGCGCGCGUACGUCCGCGUCGACAACAACGCGCCGCCAGCGCCCGCGCAGGGCCCCAUGAGCUAUGGCAACAUGCCUUUGGCGGUCGCGCAGGGCGGCCCUGCUGCUCCCGGCCCGAAUGGCGAGGUUGUGCAGCAGGAUGGCAAGGCUGGCAAGGGCCAGGAGAUGGGCAAGAAGUUUGGAAAAAAGUUGGGUAAUGCGGCGAUUUUCGGUGCUGGUGCCACGAUUGGUGGAAACAUUGUUAAUGGCAUCUUUUAAGCUGAUGCGCGGCGAGGGAUGGGGCGCGGGGUGCUGCGCUGCUGCUGUUGCUGCACGGUGACAUCGCUGCAGCAUCACGCGGCGUGGCGUGGCGUCGCUCGACCUGAUGCGAUAGGACAAGCCGCCGAGCGGUGUCGCUGUCUCCGUGCCCCCGACGAUGGUCGUCGAAUCAAGCCAUGGGAAUCUGGGAACUGGGUUGGUGGAAUAGGUACAGGCGUUCGUUUUACUUUGCUUUGUAUCUCUUUGUUGGGUUCUUUCGCCUGGUCUGGCUGUAGGUAUAAUCGAUCCUAGGUCCUGGCAUCGGGACGCACGUUCUUUUCUCUGCCGCCGCUCUUUUGCUCUCGUUUUGUUGGUUGUUCGUUUCGUUGCGUUGGGUUGUUGUAUCAAACAAUCACUUUUUUGGUUUUUUCUGACGUGCACGGCGCGCUGGCUAGGCUUGGCUGCUGCUGCGUAUGUACGUGCUUAUUGAGAGUUCGUUGUGGACUUCUUUGUUCCUGAG